GGACAGACAGAGAUAGAGGUGGGCAGAGGUGUGACUGAGUGGACAGACAGAGGCAGGGAGACUCAGAGCCAGCUGGGCAUUUGCCAUAUUUUUUAUUUUUAUUUGGGAAUUUCAAAUAGGGGGGAGAAAAGCUGAACCAUAGCAGUAGUUUUUCGUGCGUAAACGGGAUAGAUUGUUCUCCAAAUUCUUAGGAGUUCUGCUACACUUUCAGACUGAGGAGUUUAUUUCGAGGUAGUGUCCUGGGUGGAGUUUUCUUUGCCUCCGCAAGAGUCACUGCGGUGCACGGAUUACAAUGCAAAGGAUUUUGGAGGUUUGGGUCACCUUGGUGACAGUUUCUGCGCUGACCGAGGGGGUCUUUGGAGGAUACGGGCUGAGCAUGUUUGCUGCACAGUCCUCCCCUCCAGACCCGUGCUAUGAUGAGAACGGGAACCCUCGGAGAUGCAUCCCCGACUUCGUGAACUCAGCCUUUGGUAAGGACGUGCGCGUAUCCAGCACCUGCGGCACCCCGGCCGCCAGGUACUGUGUGGUGACCGAGAAGGGAGAGGAGAGGACGAGGGACUGUCACACAUGUGACGCCGGGGAUCCCAAGAAGUCCCAUCCACCUGCGUAUUUAACAGACCUCAACAACCCUCACAACCUCACCUGCUGGCAGUCUGAAAACUACGUGCAGUAUCCGCAGAACGUCACCCUCACCUUGACGCUGGGUAAAAAGUUUGAGGUCACCUAUGUGAGCCUGCAGUUUUGCUCACCUAGACCUGAGUCCAUGGCAAUCUACAAGUCCAUGGACUAUGGCAAAUCCUGGGUGCCGUUUCAGUUUUAUUCCACUCAGUGCAAGAAAAUGUACAACAGGCAGAAUAAGGCGACAAUUACCAAGCAGAACGAGCAAGAAGCCAUCUGCACGGACUCCCACACAGACAUGCACCCUUUGACAGGUGGGCUCAUCGCCUUCAGCACGUUGGACGGCAGACCGUCGGCGCACGACUUCGACAACUCCCCGGUGCUGCAGGACUGGGUGACGGCCACCGACAUCAAGGUGAUCUUCAGCCGGCUUCACACUUUCGGAGACGAGAACGAGGACGACUCGGAGCUGGCCCGCGACUCCUACUUUUACGCCGUGUCGGACCUGCAGGUCGGAGGACGGUGCAAGUGCAACGGACACGCUUCAAAGUGUGUAAAGGACAGAGAGGGGAAUCUGGUUUGUGAGUGCAAACACAACACGGCGGGACCGGAGUGUGACAGGUGCAAACCUUUCCACUAUGACCGACCCUGGCAGCGCGCCACGGCCAGAGAAGCCAACGAGUGCGUCGCCUGCCACUGUAACCUGCACGCUCGUCGCUGUCGUUUCAACAUGGAGUUGUACAAACUGUCGGGCCGGAGGAGUGGUGGGGUCUGUCUCAACUGUCGCCAUAACACAGCGGGACGUCAUUGCCACUACUGCAAGGAGGGUUACUACAGGGACAUGACGAAGUCCAUCUCACACCGGAGAGCUUGCAAAGCAUGUGAUUGCCAUCCAGUUGGAGCAGCAGGGAAAACAUGUAACCAGACAACAGGCCAAUGCCCCUGCAAGGAUGGAGUGACAGGAAUCACCUGCAACCGCUGCGCCAAGGGCUACCAGCAGAGUCGCUCUCCCAUCGCCCCCUGCAUCAAGAUCCCAGUUGCUUCUCCUACAGCAACUUACAGCAGCUAUGAGGAGCCAUCAGAUUGUGAAUCUCACUGUAAAGCUUCCAAGGGAAAGAUGAAGAUCACCAUGAAGAAGUACUGUAAAAAAGACUAUGCUGUCCAAGUGCACGUUCUAAAAGGGGACAAGGCAGGCGAGUGGUGGAAGUUCACCGUCAACAUCAUUUCUGUCUACAAACAAGGUGAGCACCGCAUCCGCCGCGGGGACCAACUGCUGUGGGUGCGCGCCAAGGAUGUGGCCUGCAAAUGCCCCAAGAUCAAACCCGGAAGGAAGUACCUGCUCCUGGGUACAGAUGACGACUCCCCUGGGCAGAGCGGCGUGGUGGCGGACAAGGGGAGCCUCCUCAUCCCUUGGAAAGACCUGUGGGGCCGCCGACUGAGGAAGUUCCAACAGCGUGACAAAAGGGGAAAGUGCUAAAAGUAGCUGGAGAGGAGAGAGAGAAAGAGAGAGUUAUUGAGGGAGAGGUGGAGGCAAAAUAACGUCCCCACCGAGAUGAAUGCAAGGAGGAGGAGAGGAUGAAUAAAAAAAUAAACUGGAAGAAUAAAAGAUAGAGAGACACAGGUGAAAAGUAGGAGGGAUGGGGGAAUGACGGAGUGCUGCUGCUCUGAGUUGGAGCGAAGAGAUUAGUGUUUUUUAGGAACUUUUGUGAAGGAGCUUAUUCUACGGUUGUUCUGUUUCUGUUUGUCUUUCAAGGUUUGUUUUAUGUGUAAUUGCAGAGUUUGCACCUAAUGUUACAGAUAUGUCACAUCCUGACUAUUUUACCCAUGAUGCCAUUGUUUUUUAAAGUCCCUUGUUCAGUUGUUUAAAGGAGCAAUGCAUCUACUGUAUCAGACUUUUGUAUUUUCAGAGGAUCUAUUUCCACUGUGCUGUGUAAAGCAUGAUCAAGUUAAUCGAAGACAUUGCAUGUUAUUGAGGGAUUCUACUCAUGUAUGAUAAGUUGCUCUUAUAACCUGCCAAACAUUUGAUAAACUUUUACCACAGCUGAAAGUGAAAAAAUUGUGAAAUUGUUCAUAACUGUGGUAUCAGAGUGAAAACAGGUGCCAUUUUGUCUGAGAGCUCCCUGCUCAUAUGUGAGUGUUACCUCAGUGAAACAAACUGCCAUAACGAUCCUCUCCUCACUCUGUACAAUGAUCAUACUUCUCAUUACGAGCAAGUCUUUGCUCAGCGCUUAUUGAUAUAUCACCAGUAUGUUGUAGUUGUGACCUCUGCAAUGUAAAGUAACCAUAUGUGCAUACAUAGACAUUAUGUUUAGUAGAUGAUGCCAUAGCAUCAACUAGAUGUAGAGUAGACAUGUCAACCAUGCACUUAUUUUUACUAGUCAAAAGAUUUAGAACAUAUGAGAUAUGUUCACAUUUUUAGAGUGGCAUCCAAAAAGAAAAAAAAAAUCCCUUACUGUACCAUAUGAUGCAAAAAAAAGGUGUAUAGUUCAAACCCUGCUCGCCCCACUGGACUGAUUUUUCUGGUUGACAGUAACAACCCUUUUCAAAUUUGUCACAACUACAGAGAAUUGAGUGUUUAUUCUCUAAUACAGGACUAAAUGUAAGUUGGAUGUCCCAAAUAUUUAGAGGCUGGUUUGCAAAUGAGGUUGCAAAUGAAUGAAACUCAUUUACAGCUGAGAGUCAAACCAUCUCACUUCAUUAAAAGAGAAUAUUGACCUAUCAAGCAACCCUCAUACCACUGACAUAAUGCAUGCUCUCUAUUUACUGUAGCUGACUGAUAGCUAACAAUGAUUGUGAAUUAUGUACACAUUUCAUUUGUAUACAGUACUCAAUGUUGUGGGGAAAAAUAACCUGUGGAGUGAUAAAAUAUCACAGAUGUUUAUUGUACAGUGCAUUUAGCACGCUGUGUCAAAUGUUUCAUCACCUCAAAGCAACUUUUUGAGGACUGGAUUCCAUUAUCAAGACUUGGUACUCGACAAAAAGGCAUGACCGAUUGUCUACAUGUUAUAUAGCUGUAUAGUAUUACUUUUUUUGUUGUUGUUGUUUUUUUUUUUGUUAAACAUUAACUAGCUCUAUCUCCAUGUGAACUUAACCAGAGUUUUAAAUACUAGAGACUUAAUAAAUGGAAAGACAAAUAAAUGAAUGUCAGACAAAUUUCUUAUGUUUACCUGAGUAUGUGCACCCAGAGGAUCUCUCAGACUGAGAGAGAGAGACUAUGACUGAGUUUACACAUACACAAAUACAUACUAUACACAUGCAGGGCCACAUCCAGAUACACAUGUACACACACACACACACACAUACACACACACACACACACCACACACACACACACACAC